AACUUUCGCUUCAUGUAGACUGGCUAAUUCCAGUUGUGUUCGUUUUUUGUAUUUCUUACUUGGGUCGAUAUUAUUUUACUCGUGUAUUAUUAUUAAAAAUUACAAAAAUUAAACAUCUUUGGAAUCUUUAAAAUGAGUUUUCAUUUUGUUGUAUGUGCCAUCAUUUUGAUAGCCUUGACAGACUCUCUGUGUGCUGAACAAAAAAAUACACAGGAUGACGAUACGAAAGCAGGUGAAAUACGAAUUUUUAAACGCCUUAUUCCUGCCGACGUUCUAAGAGAUUUUCCGGCAAUGUGUUUUGCUUCUACUCGAUGUGCCACUGUUGAGCCCGGAAAGUCGUGGGACCUGACUCCAUUCUGCGGUCGAUCUACUUGUGUUCAAAAUGAGGAAAAUGAUACCAAGCUUUUGGAACUCGUAGAAGACUGCGGCCCAUUGCCACUGGCAAAUGACAAAUGUAAACUGGACACAGAGAAGACCAAUAAAACCGCAUCAUUUCCUUAUUGCUGCCCCAUCUUUUCAUGUGACCCCGGUGUUAAAUUGGAAUACCCCGAGAUCGGAAGGGGUAAUGACAAAAAGAAUGUUGAAUAACGAAUUCCGUUAAUAUAUUCUGAAAAUGUGUGUCAAUACAAUAAAAACAUCUGUUUCUUUAGUCAGAAAGAAAGGGCUACUUCUGUUCUAUAAAAGUUAAAUAUAUAUAUACUGCGAAAAUGUAAUCAAAAAAUGUAAUCAAAGAGAUUUUUAUUUGGCUUGUCGAAUAAAACUGUACUGCUUUUUUGGCUCGUAGGCGCUAUAGUGUGCGUGGUCAAAAUUUUUAA